AUGGCCGCUCCAACACAAGACCAGCAUGGUCUGGUCGAUAUUCGUCCCUUGCUGCAACGCCUGUGGCCGGAUCCUGAGAAGACAAGGGUGACGGCCCACGAGAUUUCAGAGGCAAUCUCCCUAAUCUUCAUGAACAAGCUCAGUCCUGUUCAGACGGGCUCACUGCUCACAGCUCUACAUUUUACCAACUGGGACCGUCGUGCCGAUGUCUUGGCCGAGACUUCGGCUGCCAUGCGGCGCCAUGCUGCCAAUAUUGACUUCCAGGUGUUGGAAAAUGCCAUAUCGAAGUCGAGGCGGCCAGAAGGCAACUACCUAGGUGGGCUGUGCGACAUAGUCGGCACAGGGGGUGACUCUCACCACACCUUUAAUAUUUCUACGACAUCUUCCAUUCUCGGCUCGUCUCUGCUGCUCCUUGCGAAGCAUGGCAACCGUGCGUCGACCUCCAAGUCUGGCUCUGCCGACUUGCUCAUGAACAUGCAACCAAAACCCGCCCAGCUCGAUCGCAUAACCCCUAACACCAUCACUACCGUCUACGAGUCGACCAACUACGCUUUUCUAUUCGCCCCUGUGUUCCACCCUGGCAUGAAGCACGCCGCGUCCAUUCGCAAAGAGCUUGGGUGGCGCACUAUCUUCAACUUGUUAGGCCCCUUGGCCAACCCCCUUCACGAUGCAAUUGAAGCGCGUAUGCUAGGAGUUGCACGCGAUGACCUAGGCCCUGUCUUUGCUGAGGCCUUACGACUAGCCGGUGCCAAGAAAGGGCUGGUCGUCUGUGGCCAAGAACAGCUUGACGAGAUCUCGUGCGCCGGACCUACGUUCUGCUGGCAGCUAUUUGGGAACGACAGCGAUAAUACGGUACAGGUCCAGAACUUCGUGCUCGAACCUAAGGAUUUCGGGCUCAGUGCACAUCCACUGGAGACUGUAUCACCAGGCAAAGAGCCCCACGAAAAUGCUGAGAUUCUACGUAAGAUCCUACAAGAUGAACUACCAGACGAUGAUCCCAUCCUGGAGUUCGUGCUCAUGAAUACAGCGGCUCUAUUCGUUGUAUCAGGCAUCUGCGAGGCUGAUACGAGUGCCAUGGGGCCCGGCGAUGAUGGCAAUGUCAUCAAGGAGAGAGGGCCCGGAAACGGACGGUGGAAGGAGGGGGUCAGAAGAGCAAGAUGGACAAUAAAGAGCGGCGAGGCUUGGAAACAGUGGAGUGCUUUCGCUGAAGUCACGAACACUUUGCCCAUAUAA